GUAAGGAUAAUAUAUUCUAGCUCUAGCUAGUUCCUCCUCCAUAAAUAAAGUUACACCACUUUAAUUUCCUUCCAGUACUGCACAAAGUGAAGCAUAUUUCCAACUAUAAAUACCCCCAUUAACUAAGUGCUUCCCAUCACCAAAACAAACCAUCUCUCAAAGAAAAUAAGACAACCCUAUCAAAGAAAAACCGUAUUUUUUUCAAUGGAUAAUACUCAAAAUUGUUCAUCUAUUAGUUGUGAAAUACAAAUCAUAAGAGGAAGAAACAUAGAGCAAAGCUUUUUAGGAAAAAGCAACCUGUUUGUUAGAUGCUAUCUUCCAGCAGGAAACAACCAAAGAAUUCAGCUAAACAGUCAAGAAAUCUCAUCAUCAAAAUCCGACAACUUGUUUUGGGAUGAAUCUUUCUCAUUGGAUUGCAUGGGAACUCAAGAAUCCAUUAAUAUGCUGAAGCAAGGCACGGUUAUCUUCGAGCUCCGGUCAAGAAAAUAUCUGCCAGUUUUUGGGAAAAAUAUUGGUGGAUCACAAGUGUUGGGGAGGGCUGAAAUUCCAUGGAAAAGAGUGUUUGAGUCAACAGAAAUGGAGAUUGAGGAAUGGGCAAUCAUGGCCACUUCUAAAAAUAAUGAAAAUGUGAAACCUCCAGCGGUUAAAAUAGUAAUGAAGGUUAAUGUAAAAGAUCAGGCAAAUAAAGUCAAGAAAAAUGAUAGAUUGAGAAGAUCAUGGGAUGAGUCGUGUACAUGUAAAGGUUACUGUGGGUGCAAUGGUUGUAGUAUUUUCAGUGCUGAUGAUUAUGAAAUCUUUUCACUUGGAGUUGCCCUAGAUGCCUUUUAAUUUAAGGCCAGAAAUGGGCGAAGCACUGCUACUCAAUUGGAUUGAUUUUUUUAGUGACUUAGACUAA